AUGAAAAUUGCUCAAGAAGAGAUUUUUGGUCCGUCGACUAAAACUAGAAUUGCUGAAGUGUUGUAUGUGGAUAAGACUGAUUUUGUUGCUGAUGUUAAGGCAGCUUGUGACGCCUUCAAAUUAGACUCUGAAUGGCGCAGGAUGGAUGCUUCAUCCCGUGGACAUUUACUAAAUAAAUUGGCUUCUUUAAUUGAGAGGGAUGCUGUUGAGCUAGCUUCUUUCGAGACAUUGGAUAAUGGAAAGCCUUACAAGGACGCCUAUUUAGCUUGGAAAUUAGCACCAGCCCUAGCUAUGGGCAACACAGUCAUUUUGAAGCCAGCUGAACAGACUCCAUUAACGGCUCUAUAUGUUGCUAAUUUGAUUAAAGAGGCUGGCUUCCCUCCUGGAGUCGUUAAUAUAGUACCUGGUUAUGGACCAACUGCUGGAAAGGCAAUUGCUACACAUCCUAAAGUUGAUAAAGGUUAA